UUUGAGUGUACUCGUUUUACUUCUGCUGUGGCUCGGCACGCAGCUGCCGUGCAAGGCCAGCCAGUGCUACGUACCAAUUUGUGGCGCGAAGUCCAACGAGGCCUGUGAUUACAUCGCUCUAAAUUUCUCCUCCGGAAAGUGGACAGCGUCCUGGGCUGAAAGGAGCUUCCGAAGACCGGAACAUAUGUGUACCCCCCAGCAGAUAGAGAUCUUUUUGAAAGGAUUUCCUAUCUUGGAAACGUCUUUCAAAACACUGGGGUUGAAUGUGAAGAAAGCGGAAGCGGACGGGAAUUCCACCUCGGUCCCCGGCCCUCUCCUCCUGCGGCAGUACCUGCUUGCCUGGGUCAAAUGGGUGAUGGAGAGUUUACCGGAGGACUGGUGGCCAGGGUCUGAGCUGUCCUUGUGGCUGACGCUGACCGGCAUGGCUGUACGGACAGUCCUGGAGGUGCUCAUUUACCUGGCCUCUAACUGGGAGACGGUCCGCUCCAUCAGGAAUAUGCUCCAGACCAUCACCCAGAAGCUGGCCGCUAUUGGAAGGGUUUUCUUCUGGGUCACUGGGGGCGUGAACGCCCUCUACUGGUGGGUCAGAGGACAUCCUCGUCCGAGUAGUGGGACAAUUCCACAAGAUGUAAAGGUCGUGCUGGAAGAGAAAAUCAGAACUCUGGAACUCCAGGUGGAAACCCUGCAGAGGACGCUAGCCGCUAAGGAACAGGAGCUGACAAAUUCACAACCGAAUGCGCCUCUCUCGAAGAAGGAGGGAAGUGGCAGACGGAGAAGACGAAAGAAGGGCAGAAACAGAAGGAGCGGUUAAAUGGUAACAGUUUACCAGCGCUGCAGCAGUGAGUAUGGAGUACAGUGACGUCCC